UAGCACUGCUAACAUCAGUUCUGUUCGGCGUUGCAUUUCUGUUCGAUCUUAAAUCGAGUUCGGAUGUAACUGAGUUGCCAUCAGCACGUUGUUGUUAAUUGUACGUUGAGAUAAAUUUUCGGUAUUUUUAACAAAAGCUUCAAAUCGAAUUUGUGUUGUACAGAAGUGAAUAAAAAAAUGUGUGGUUAGUUAUGUGUUGCAUUAUGCCUAAGCUAAUAAAGAUGUCUAUAAAGAAUCAUUAGAGAAAAUGUAUUACUAAAGUGAAGUCGCAAGGAAGUUCAUGACUUCCGCAAAAGCUAAAGAUUUAAUUGAUUUUUCGCCCAUGGGUGAAUGUGAGAGUGUAUAUGUGUGUGAAAUACAGCUGCUGCAAAUUUGCAGGCUGCACAAUACAGAAAAUUAGAAACACAUUAACCAAUUGAAGCAAAACGGCACCAGAGCCAGCACAAAGUAUACUAUAUAAACAGCAAAAACCGCCAUCACAACAUCAGCAGUACCAGCAGCAACUGUCACACAAACUUAGAGACCCCCUGACAUUUAAAUUUUUUCCUUCACUUUUGUGCAACAGCGUCAACGGUAGCUGCACUUACAGUCUAAACUACAGCUUAAAAAUCACAGCGCCGACAUCGAGGAAACUAUAGGAGCCAAACCACAACACGCCGUGACGAAGUCAUCAUAUAGCCUUUUUGCUGGAAUUGUGGAUAAAAUGCAUCAAUAAUUGUAGAGCUUUACUUAAGUGCAACACUCACUAGCCAUAACAGGAGGAACAUGUCCGCCAUAUUAUUUUCUCAGGAUUGUGAACAGCAAAAUCAACAAGCAGAUGAACUGCAAUCGGAUAAGUUUGCAUUUAAAGAAGAUUCGUGUAACGGUUUUAGUGAGGAAAUAAACAAUGAAUCAGAAAUACAAUUACCGCCAAGCAUAACAAGUAUUCCUAGUACUGAUAAAACAGCCAAUGAUUCCUUUAAUAUUAAGGCCGCCGAGCCACAAUUCGAGAGCGAUUGCAAUGGCCUCUUGAAUAGUAAAAUGGCAGCUCUAGCGUUGAAUGAGGGCGACUGUAGUCAAUGCGAUGGUGGUAGUGAUAGUGGCCUUGAUACAGCGACCACGAAGCUUGCUAAUGGAGAAAUUGCUAGCAAUAACGAUAAUAUUGACAGCAAUUGCAAUGAAAAAGGUAGUGUCGCCACAAAAAACUGUACAUUACAACGUGCGUUGAGCAGUACUAGUGGGGGCUACGCCAGCAGCACCGGCGGUAUAGAGGAUGUCAAUAAUCAGACGACAAUGCCUGUAGCGCUGCCGCUGGCUAAUGUGAGCAACGCAAGUAUGCAAGGUCUAAAUACAUCGGGCAACUCUAGUUUGCUUAGUUGUGGCUCAGAGCUGGCGAUCAGCACAACCAACGGUGCAGUGUCCUCAGCAACGCAAAGCUUUGAGUGUUACAGCGAGAACGGCAGCGAAAGUUCUUCAAUGCUGGGUGGUGGCACUGUGUCAACAACACCAGUACGACGCUCAAGCAGUACUAAAACUAAAAUGAGGGUUUAUGAGGCUGGUCGUGGCGCUUUUGCCACUCCAAUGUCCCGCAGUAUGCGAGAACGUGAUUGCAGCACUACACCAAUUUCUGGAAACUCAACUUCCAUUAGUGGCAACCAAGUUAGUAGCGCAACAACACCACGUACGCGUCCUGUUGGUGUAAAGCGUACUUCAUCUUUGUCGCGUCAUGUACCUGCAGUAGCGUCGACAGUAGCGCAACGUCAUGCUGAAAAGCCCCAGUCGACUAAUGCCACUAAUAAAACUUUAAUGGCUGCACCAACUUCAUCCUUUCGUUCCACUACGACGACACGUGCCACAAAACCACAAAAGCCGGAUUCCUUGCCGAACACACUGAGCCGCACGCAGUCUAUGAGCAUGCAGCGCCUAGUACAACGUACACCCUCAUUAAGUCGAGCGCGUACGCCAUGUACCCCUCAAGAGGAUGGCCGUUGGCCUGGCAAUUCCCGGGCUAGCACAGCUAGCGGGGCUGCGAAGCGCGGUGUGUCUGCAACUCCAGAUUUGAUGUCACUGAAAAUGCGCUCCUCAAACAUGAUGGCAUCGAUGGAGCUGAAGUCCACUAGCAACAAUACCAGUUCAAAUCCAUACAGCACGUUGCCGCGCCGGCGUAAACAAAAGUCCGUCGAAGACUUGACGGCAACACCUGACUCGCGCAGCAGCUCAAUAACACGUGAUACACGUAUGACCACGUCCGUAAUGGUAAGCACACGCAGAAGCCUCGUAAGCGCAUUUGGUGCAUCAACGCCACAAAGUAACCAACCGCGUUCAUUGAUACAUACGCGAAAAACACCAGCGCAGCCGCCUAAAACGCGCAUAUACCAUGAGACUAGCGUUCAGACGGCGCUCACUGGAGAAGAUCUGGAGAAUGUGUUUGCUGGUCGGACACCGGCAACGCGUGCUGUAGAUGCAGUUGAACAAAAUGAACAGACCACACAGACUGAUAUACGUGACGCUGAAUUAGAGCGAUUACGGGAUGAAGUGCGUCAAUUAGCGCAGCGUGAACAUGAAUUAAGUACUAAACUUCAACGCGAACGUGAAGAGAAGUUGGCUACACAGCGUGAAUUAAAUUUGAAUACAGAACGGGUGAUGAGUAUGUUAGAAAAGGCUCGCUUAGCAGGAGGAAAAUACGGCCUUACAGGCGGCAGCGUGAGUGGCAUUAGUAUGGACGGCGACGCUACCACACCAACCUCGGACGAAGGUAGUGGAAGUGGCCACGAUAGUUUACUUAUGUUGGAAUCGCAAAUACAAAUGAGUGGCCAUGAGUUAAUCGAGCGUCAGCAUGAGAUUGGACAGCUGCGUCAGUUGUGCCGAUCCUUGCAGCACGAAAUGAAUCGUUCACUGGCCGCGCAGGAAUGCUUAUUGCAAGAAAAAGCCGCCAUAGAGCAGGAGUCGAAUGAGCUACAGGACUUUUUGCAACAUGAAAAAUCAGCAUUAUGUGAUGCAUUAAAAGAAUUGGAGAAUGAGCAUCAAGCUUGCAAACAAAAAUUGUCGGGACGUGAAGAAGAAGUGAAGGUUUUGCGCGAUGAAUGUCGUCACUUAGUGCGGCUCAAUGAGCAGCGAAGGCAGGAGAAUCGUAUGCUACAGUCCAAAUAUGCAGCGCUGGAAAGUAAAUCAAAAGAAAUUAUGAUGCAACAAAACUAUUCGGUCUCAGGGGCAUCUGCCGCAUUGUCGGGCCUGCAUUCUCGUUUGGAUAGCUUAGUUGAACAAUUGGUGUCCACUUACAAUAUAACUGAACACGAUUUGGAGGAUAUCGGUUUCCAGCCAGAAGUACAACAACAAAAUCACAGUAACACAUUGGAGACGCGAUCAACACAAAAUGUAGAAGAUUAUCUGGGUCGAUUGCCAUCGAACAUUAAUGUAAACGGACUGGACUGUUGCACACAAUCCAAACAGUUCUUACCACAACCUAGUGAUGGAUCUUUGUCGCCACAAAGAAAUCAAUCAUUCAUCGCGGCCGUAAUAAGUGCCAUACGCAAUGCAACUACUCCGUCUAGUAAAAAACUAUUGGCGCGAAAUGGAAAACGCAUUAGUCUUGAAAAUGCUGGUUUGAGUGAUUCAAACGGUCAAGCUACGUCAAAAAAUAAUAACAACUAUAAUGGAGAUAUAAAGAAUAGAGAUGGUGAUGACUCCGAUUCCACUGAAAUGCUCGAUUCGGAAACAGAACCCUGUCUAAUGAUGGACAACGUGUUGGAAGAUGUCACAAUGCCCGAUUCUCAUUCACACAAUAUGGUCUCAUCAUGCACGGGUGUUAUUUCUCAAUUGGAAGUACCGUCGGAACUGAUUAAUCCUCCGUCUGGCGAUGAAUCAUUGCAUAACUUGUCACAAGCUAUUGUGAAUCGUCAACAGAUGGAAUUGCAGAUCAGCAACAUGCAAAGUGUACAAAAGGCAUCAUUACAAUUGAAUCAAUGCGAGCAUGAUAACUCAGAUGAUGCUAGUUGCCAUGAUUCGGUGGCUGAAAUGCCUUCCCUAAUGGAGUAUUGCACAGCCCAAGCAGUGGUGGACCAGGUGAUCGAAGUAGACAGCUUGGUAACCAAAUUGCUCAAGGUCCUGCGUCUCAUACAAAUGGACAACGAUAAUUGCAUACAGCAACUGAUUGUCGAUAAGAAUAAGCUACAAGAAAAUAAAGAGGAUAUGUUAGAGAAAAUAAAAGAUUUGCAGGAUGUGAACAUAAAGUUGCAAGAUGAGCUUAUGGAUGCUACACAAGAGCUAAUGUUAAAGAACAACGAUUUGUCGAACACGAAAGCUGAAAUGCAACGACACCGUAAUGAGAUCGAUCGUCUAACGCAGGACAUUUGCAAUUUGAGUACGCUCUGCAGCAAUUACAAAAAACUCUCACCGACAGUUGAGUUUUCGCCCCUGCAACAGCAAUUACUCUGCCCCAACCAAACAGCGUUGCACAACAUAACACCCGCCGAAGGUGAAAUCAUUGACAAUGGGGCAGAAAACGAUGCGGAGAGCAUUUUGAAUUUGCUCAAAAUGUGGCAGACAGAAGGUCAAUUCAAUAAACUCAAGAUUCGAGACUUCCUCAGCACGUUUGUUCAGUGCCAGCGGUGUCUACCCGAGCAAACGCAGGAGAACAGCAACAAUGAGCGCUUGCGUGUGUACGCCAACCAAUUGGAAAAUGUAUUGUUAGUGUUGCAAGCAUGCGAACAAUCAACGCUAAAUUAUGCGGAUUUGCAGAAGCUGCGCUGUGACAUUGAGAUCGUUAAGGCGAACGCAAAUUGGUCAAGUAUAAUUGCUGAUCGAGCGGCGGAAGUGAACUGUAACAAUGCCAAGCUGUUAAAAGCUAACAGUAAUAAUAGUAAUGAGGAUGUCAAUGCGAAUGCGGCAUUUGAGAAGAAGGAAGUCAAUUGAUAAGUUAAAUAUUAAAAUGGUGGGUUUCCUAUAAAUAUGUAGCAUAUGACACAAGGUUAGUCAGGAUAUUUAGAUGAGGAAUCAGAAUAAUUCGCUCCACACGCCAUCCAAAAAUGUCCAUUUAUGUAUAUUUAUUAACAAAUUAGCGUUAUUUAUUGCAUAAUAGCACUUACGUUUAAGGCCCUAAAAUGCCACAAAAAUGAGUAGUUUUGUAAAGCAUGCUUAGCAUUUGCCGCCAAUCAUUCUUUGCUUGGCUUUGUUGGGCAAAAUUUUGAUGGAAAAAGAGACUAGCUUAUUGCGUUAAGGAGAGACUUAAACAUCGUUAUUAAAAUGUGAGAAAGCUUUUCUUAUUAAAAAUUAUUUAUUCGAGUAAAUGGGAAUGACAUCCGAAUUCGUAAUAAUAAUAAUAUGAAUACACUACUCAACAAAUUUGAAGGAAAUAAUUGCGACUGAUGCCUUAAGAGGUCUGUGCGGGUAUUUGAAUUGUGCUGAUUACGAAUUUGAGUUCAAAAAUUUUCCAUCACGUACAGCUAGUUUUGUCAUUUUAGCAAAGGGUGGUGGUUUGACCCCUAAACCCUUUGACCACAAUUAAAAAAAUUCUACGCAUUAGGAAAUUUUUACUAUCAUUUUCGGUUAUAGCAACCCAAAAUUAGCAAGAAACAGCCAAUAAGAUCAAUCUUUUUGGCAUCCCUCCCCACUCUCUGAAAAUGGGUGAUUUCUGAUUAUAACCUCGCCCACUCUCUCUAUAACGGUUGUAUGGUAUAGUGGUCCGAUAUCGGUUAUUUUAUUUUUUAAAAAGAGCAGUUUCUUCGAAACAAAAGGACAUGUGCAAAAUUUCAAAUCGAUAUCUCAAAAACUAACUACGUAUGCAUAUAUAUUUUGAGGGUCUCCAAAGCUUCCAUCUGGGUGUUACAAACUUGUAGUGAAAUUUUUCUGGUAUUUUUCUACACCACUUAUCUACCCUCUGUUAACGAUAUUUUAGAACUUAUAUACAUACAUAUAUGUCUACAACUCUGCGCACAUAUGUAGUUCGAGUGCAACACAUAUCGAAUUUUUAUACUCUCGCAACCUGUUGCUACAGAGUAUAAUAGUUUUGUUCACCUAACGGUUGUUUGUAUCACCUAAAACUAAUCGAGUUAGAUAUAGGGUUAUAUAUAUAUAAAUGAUCAGGAUGAAGAGACGAGUUGAAAUCCGGGUGACUGUCUGUCCGUCCGUCCGUCCGUCCGUGCAAGCUCUAACUUGAGUAAAAAUUGAGAUAUCUUUAUGAAACUUGGUAGACAUGUUUCUUGGUACCGUGAGACGGUUGGUAUUGCAGAUGGGCGUAAUCGGACCACUGCCACGCCCACAAAACGCCAUUAAUCAAAAACAAAUAACUUGCCAUAACUAAGCUCCGCAAUAAGAUAAAAGACUGUUAUUUGGUACACAGGAUCACAUUAGGGAGGGGCAUCUGCAGUUAGAUGUUUUUUUUAAAAAGUGGGCGUGUUCCCGCCUUUAAUAGGUUUAAUGUGCAUAUCUCCUAAACCGCUAAUGCUAUAAUAACAAAAUUCACUAGAAGCAAAUGUUUUUAGCACUUCUAUUGACGGUGUGAAAAUAGUUGAAAUCGGGUGGCAACUCCGCCCACUCCCCAUAUAACGGUACUGUUAAAAACUACUAAAAGCGCGAUAAAUCAAGCACUAAACACGCCAGAGACAUUAAAUUUUAUCUCUGAGAUGGUAUAAGAUGACUUUAUAGGAACCGCGUUCAAAAUUAGACAGUGGGCGUGGCACAGCCCACUUUUAGGUGAAAACCCAUAUCUUGAGAUCUGCUUAACCGAUUUCAACCAAAUUCGGUGCAUAACGUUCUUUUCAUGUUUCUAUGUCAUAGUGCGAAAAUGGGCGAAAUCGGACUACAACCACGCCUACUUCCCAUAUAACACCAUUUUCAAUUCCACCUGAUUCUUUCACUUUCCACUAUGCAAAUCAGGUAACAAUGAUUAUAUCGGGGUAAAACUUUGCGUGAAUAAUGCAAUUAAAGUAUGCCACCUUGCGGCCAAAAAUUGUCUAAAUCGAACCGAAACUGUUCAAACCCCUAAGUACUAAAUAUGUGGACCCCAGUGCCUAUAGUUGACCUUCUACCGAAAAUAUCAGUCAAUCCACAAAGAAAUCUCAAACGAGUAUACCAUUUGACUUUGCGAGAGUAUAAAAUGUUCGGUUACAUCCGAACUUAGCCCUUCCUUACUUGUUUAAUCUUAAUACAGUAGAAAUCAUAACGAUUGCGCAGAAAAUAUAUUGUAUCUUAAGGUGAUAACUUACUAUAAAUCGCAAUUAUUGCGUCGUACAUAUUUUCAGUUAUUUCGUUGCCAAAACAAAAAAAAAAACGUCGGUGUUAAACAAAUUUGAAUUAGGUUCGAGAACCAUUGAAAACUCUUUAACACCAAAAAAUUUGACCGAGUGGAUAAUAAUUUUUUAAUAAAUCCAUGUUUGGCCGCUAGAGGUUCCUCUAGCACUUUAUUACCACACUUUAUACCCACAACUAAAAGUACAGACAGUUUUAAGUACAUAGUUCAAAUACAUUAUAUUUACAUACAUAUGCAUAGGGUCUACUAACAAGAACGACGUGAUGAUAAAAAACACUCAAAUUUGGUCAAAAUGGGUUCUGUUUUUUUUUGUUAUGCAGAUAAUUUUAUGAAUAAAAUUGAAUAAGAUGUCGGCCAAUAUCUCCAAUGUGUCCAUGUUUAGACGUAAAACAUAAGGCGGUGCAGUCUUGUUAGAAAUAGAUAUCGUCGCGUCGAUUUUAUCAAACUCAGGGAAAAAAGUCGGUCAACAUCGUGUUAUAACGUUCGUUAUUGAUGGUAACGGCAUAUUUUGCCUAAUUUCGAAAGAAAUAAGGCCAUUUGAUGCCGCCAUACCACAAUCCACACGGAACGGUACAUUUUUAGGGAUGCAAUUGCAUUACCUAAACCACACGAGGAUUUGACUCAUCCCAAUAGCGGCAAUUUGGUUUGUUGACGAAGCCAUUAAGCCAAAAAUAGUCCUCAUCUAAAAGAUGAUUUUUCAAUGAAAGUUUUUUCAAUGAUUUUUUCGAGAACGUAAAUUUGCAUAAUAAUCUUGGACAACACCGACAAAAUUUGCCACAAGUCCAUAAACAAACAUGGCCACGACGACUUGUCAAAAUAUCGUCAUCCCUGUUGGUAGACGUUGUAUAUUU